UCAGCGAAAAUGGAAAACACUCCCGACGAAAUAUCUGUACCAGUUACUGUCAGUGGCGUUAAAGCAGAAGUUGACGGCAGCGUAAAAUCUUCAGAUGAUGACCAGAAAUUUUCGAUCAAGGAGAUGUUGCGCUUGUUUCUACACACACACUGGCGUGGGAUAUUGUGCUUUGUUGUACCAUUAAUAUUAAUACCAAUACAGCUUUCCUUUCCACCACAGAAAUAUCAAUGGUGUGCAUAUACUCUGGCACUGAUGGCUGUAUUUUGGGUAGGAGAGUGCAUACCAUUAGCUGUCACGUCCUUUUUACCGAUUGUUGUAUUUCCAUUGACUGGUAUUAUGAGUACCACUGAAACAUGCGCUUGUUAUAUGAAUGAUACAAUCAUGAUGUUUUUGGGAAGCAUGUGGCUAGCUUAUGCUGUUGAGCAGUCAGGCCUACAUAUGAGGCUUGCACUUUGUGCAAUUCGUUCUGUUGGUUACUCGCACUACAAAUUAUUGUUUGCGAUGUCGUUUGUUACGAUGUUUAUUUCGAUGUGGAUUACAAACACGGCAGCAACAACUAUGAUGGUUCCCAUUAACUUUGCUUUAUUAAAAGUAUUUGAAGAUCAAAAUUUGAUAAAGAUCUACGAUACUGGAAUGCAAGGUGAAAAUGUCGCAUCUGAUAUAACAACAUGCUACUUUUGUGCAGCUUCAUUUUCUGCAACUAUUGGUGGUAUUGGCACUCUGGUUGGUACAGCUACGAAUUUUGUAUUUAAAGGAUUAUUCUCGAAGAUAUAUCCAGAUGCUCCGGAAUAUUUAUCAUUUCCGAAAUUUUCCGCUUUCGCAAUACCAUACAUGUUGAUAAUGGAAAUUUGUGUCUAUUUAUAUCUCAUUGUCGUAUACUUUGGAUUUUUAAGACCUAAUAGUAUAGCUGCUAGGAAUGCUAAAAUGCCUAGUGAAGGUAUUGAAGCUGCAAAAAAGGCUGUGGAAGAAAAAUUAAAAGCAUUAGGCCGUAUUACUUUUUGGGAAAUACUUGUUAUUCUUUUGUUUAGCUUCGCUAUAUUGCUAUUUUUUAGCCGGUCACCACAAAUAUUUACUGGUUGGGGCGAUAUUAUUCCAGAAUAUUAUAAUAUUAAAGACAAGAAAUUCGUAAAAGAUUCUGCGGCAGCCACUAUGGCUGUAUUUUUGAUGCUGUUGUUGCCAUUUUCAUUGACGUUUUUCGAUAAUUGCAGAGCAAAAAUUCUUCCAGAUUAUGGCAAACUUCCCGAAAAAAACAUACAAUCAGUUCUCAAUUGGAAAAAAAUGAACGAUGACAUGCCUUACAGUUUUAUGUUUCUUUUAGGCGGUGGCUUUGCUCUUUCGGAAGCAGCAAAAAAAGAAUAUACGGAUUUGAAUGGCAAAAUUGGAACAAUACUGAAACAUUUUAAAAAUCUGCCAAAUAAAUUUAUAAUUCUCUUCGUGGUCGUUUUUACCAUCUUCACAACGAACUUUGCAUCUAACGUGGCUGUUUGUAAUGUUAUCGCCCCUAUUGUGAUGCAACUGGCAAAGGAAAUAAAUAAAAAUCCUCUAUGGUACAACAUAGCGGCGGGAUUUUCUUCCUCAUACGCAUUUUGCUUGCCAGUUGGUACACCUGGAAACCUAGUAGUUCAAAGUGCUGCAAAUAUACCAACAUCGAAAAUGAUUAAAGCCGGCAUUGGGCCUACGGUGAACACAAUAAUUAUAACUUGGUUUUGUAUUUGUUUUUGGGCUCCUGUAAUUUGGCCAGAUUUAAAAUCGUUACCGAACUGGAUAGAAUAAACAAAAGUUAAAAACAAUAGUUAUAUAUUUUAUAUUUCGCUCCAAAAUAAUACUAUGACGGUCUCAAAUGAUUUGUAUUUUCUUUAUUGCACGCCUCAUAAGAGAAUCCUUGAGGUGGGUAUUUCUGUCAGUUUACGCACACCGAGUGAUUCUCCA